CCUGGGAGUGGCACCUGCACCUGUCCGACCUGUUUGGGGGACACAUGACUCCACAGGAAUUUCCUCCGUUGCUCCCGUCCUUUAUUCAACGGAGUCUUUUCAGAGGGAGACAGAGGGUGAUAGCCAGAGGAGAGGGGGAGAUAGAGAGAAGAGAGUGGGAGAUUUAGAGAUGUCGGAACCAGCCACUAAUCCCGCUGCCACCUCGUUCCCAGCGCCAACUCUUUCUCUACCUUUGGGACUGGACGUAUUGAGAACCUACUCUGGAGCCCUUGUCUGUUUAGAAAUAUUAUUUGGCGGUCUUGUAUGGAUCCUGGUGGCUUCCUCCAAUGUGCCCGUGCCUCUGCUGCAGGGCUGGGUGAUGUUUGUCUCCAUCACCUCCUUCAUCCUGUCCUCCACCUACCUCAUCUUCCUCGUCACUGGCCUGGCUGACCGCAUCAUCACAGACUGGAACGUUCUGGAUGUGACUUACCAUUUUAUGGCAUUGCUUUUCUACUUUGCCGCCUUUGUGUUGGAGGCAGCAACUACGGCAGCUAAUGGAGGAGCCCACAUCAAGAUACUGCCCAACAGCACUGAAACUGUCAUGUGUAUAACUUACCCUCGGGGCAAUAUAUUCACAGUCAUGGAUGACAGGCAAUACAGUGUUAAUGUGGCAGCCACGGUAUUUGCAUUUGUGGUGACAUUAUGUUAUGGCUGCAGUAUGGUGAUGGGAUUCAAGAGGUGGAUGUCGUAACCAGAAAAAACUAAACUGUGGAAACUUCAGUUUAAAAACAUCUUCAUGACUUCAGCAUGUAUUAACACAUCAGCACACCAUCAGUUAUUUCCUGAUGGUUAACUUGCAUCAUAAAAAGGUAAAAGUAAUAUAUAUUUAAAAUGUCUGCCUCAGUCAAACAUGUGUUAAGUUUUCUGGACAAUAAUAUUCCCGCAAUAAAUCUGUUAAAGGUUUGGGUUCAGGUAGGUUCAGUCAGUGCUGUUUGAAGUGUCUAUAGGAUAGGAAUAAAGAAUUGCAGUUUAAGUUGGCUAUACACGGUCAUUCUCAUAUGAGGAACUAUUCCCCUUUUUAAAUGACCACUACAACAUGCCUGUUAAUGCUGCUCAUGGAUAAUGCACUGCAUAACAAUAAUGUGAUGGUGCAAUUUGUUUGAAAGAUGAUGGUUUUUACUUUCCUUCAGUUUCCUUGGUGCUAAGGAGCUAUUUUCUCACUAGAUUUUAAUAUGAAUUCUAUUACAUUUCAAUGUAAUCCUAUUAAAAGUGUAAAUUGAUCUGAUAUUUAAAUUUCAAAGUUGUAAUUCUUAUUGUGAGAACUUUGUAUCCAACGUUUUCAGUUGUUCAUAUAUUGUAACAAUUAUUCCAUUCUCAGUUAACAUAAGUUACAUAAUAAUAUGUGUUACUGUUUAAACUUUCUGAGUGCAGUCAUUUGUGGCUAACUCCAUUUUGACUAUUUCUCAUCAGUCAGCUACUAUAUUUUAAACCGUGAUCUUAAUCUACUAAUGGAUCAUUAAAUGUAUGUACGUAUAGCAUCAAUAAUCAUAUUGCUACAUGAUGUAUUAGUUGUAUUUACUGUAUGCUUUUUUUUGCAUAUACAUGUUGUUAACUUAAAAUCGUUUUUAAUAAAUUUGUUUUAACACUUGGUUUUUCUUGAAAUUUGAAAUGCUUUUAAGAACUACACAAAUAAAGGUUUUGAAGAAAAAAAUAA